AUGGGACAGAGCACUUCAACCCCUCUGUCCCUGACCCUUGAUCACUGGACUGAAGUCCGCUUAAGGGCUCAGAAUCUUUCUUUUUCAGUAAAAUGUCAGACCUGGCAGACUCUCUGUGCCUCAGAAUGGCCCACCUUUGGAGUCGGAUGGCCCCCAGGAGGAUCUUUCUACUCCCCACUAAUUCAAAAAGUCAGAGAUAUUGUCUUUCAGCCAGGGCCACAUAGCCAUCCAGAUCAACAGCCAUAUAUCUUAACUUGGCAAGACCUCUGCAAAUCUCCUCCUCCAUGGGUGAAGCCCUUCCUUGUCCCUGCCCCCGCUCCUAUUCCUUCCCGCACAAUUCUAUCUCUCAAACCCUCUGCUCCUCCUCCUCCUCAACCCUCUGUUCUCCCUGAGUCUCAAGAUUUGACUCUACUGGACUCUCCUCCCCCUCCUUAUCUCCUGCCCUCGGCCCCCAACCCCCAACACCCUCUAAGUGAUUCCCCUGCUGCUGACUCAGCCUCUCCACCAUUGGAGGAGGCUGAGCUGGCCCAGCCCCCCGUGAUACUCCCCCUCUGUCCUUAUGGGCCAAUGAUAGAUGAUGGCCAUGGAGGAGAAAUGCAAACCUACCAGUAUUGGCCUUUCUCCUCUUCAGACCUAUAUAACUGGAAAAAUAACAAUCCCCCUUUUUCCGAGGACCCCACCCAGCUCACAGGUCUGAUUGAGUCAUUGAUGUUUUCACACCAGCCUACUUGGGAUGACUGCCAACAACUCCUAGGCACUCUCUUCAUGACAGAGGAAAGAGAGAGAAUCCUCCUGGAAGCUAGGAAAAAUAUCCUCGGACCAGAUGGGAGACCGACACAACUUCCCAACAUAAUCGAAGCCGACAUCCCCUUGAACCGACCCAACUGGGACCCCAACAGCUUUGAAGGUAAGGAGCAUCUGUCCACUUAUCGCCAGGCUCUAAUAGUGGGUCUCCGAGCAGCCGCUAGGCAACCAACUAAUUUGGCCAAGGUAAGAGAGAUUAUUCAAGGGCCUGAUGAAUCUCCCUCUAUGUUUCUAGAGAGAAUUAUGGAGACAUAUAGGAGAUAUACUGCUUUCGAUCCUCAGGCAGAGGAUCAAAAGGCAUCUGUCAUGAUGGCCUUUAUUGGGCAAGCUGCCCUGGAUAUUAAAAGAAAGUUACAAUGCUUAGAUGGAUUACAAGAUAUGACUUUGAGAGAUUUGGUCAGAGAAGCUGAGAAGUUAUACUAUAAGAGAGAAACUGAGGAAAAGAAAGAACAAAUGAGGGAGAAAGAAAAGGAGCAAAGGGAGGAUGAGAGAAGCAAAAGACAGACUAAGGCAUUGACUAAGGUACUGGUCACAACAACAAAUAGGCCAGAAAUUAAGAAACAGGGAGACAGGAAGCGAUACCUGGGCCCACACCAAAAGCCACCUCUGGCCUCAGAUCAAUGUGCCUACUGUAAAGAAAAAGGACACUGGGCCAAAGGGUGCCCUAGAAAGAGAGAGCCAUGCCAGCCAGCCAUUCUAACUCUGGAGGAUGACUAGGAAAGUUGGGGCUCGGAUCCCCUCCCCGAGCUCAGGGUAACUUUUGAAGUGGAGGGGACCCCAGUAAACUUUGAGGUGGAUACAGGGGCAAUAUACUCAGCCCUUAAGGCCCCAUUGGGCCCUCUAUCAAAUAAAAGGUCUCUAAUUCAAGGGGCUAAUGGCAGUAAAUAUUGGGCUUGGACAACUAAGAGGACCAUGGACCUGGGGAAAGGAAAAGUCCAUCACUCUUUCCUAGUGAUCCCAGAAUGCCCGGCCCCAUUGAUGGGCAGAGAUCUGCUCACCAAGCUCUGGGCCAAAAUAACUUUUAACCCUGAAGGCCCCCAAAUGGAAUUUCUAAAUCCUUCAGUAAAAACUCCUAUAGUCACGGCUUUAACUAUGUCUGUCGAAGAUGAAUAUCAACUCUUUACACCCCCCAAGGCUGAUCAAACCAGCAAGCUACCCCAGAAAUGGAUAACAGAUUACCCAGAUGCCUGGGCAGAAACUGCUGUGUUAGGCCUAGCCGUGAAACAAUCUCCAAUAACAGUGGAGUUAAAAACCUCAGCCUCCCCAAUUAAUGUCAAACAAUAUCCUCUGAGAAAAGAAGCUAAAGAUGGGAUAAGGCCCCAUAUUCAGAAUUAUCUGGCCUUAGGGGUCCUAAGGCCCUGUCAAUCAGCCUGGAACACUCCCCUGCUACCAGUAAAAAAGCCAGGAACUGGGGACUAUCGCCCCAUACAAGACUUAAGAGAGAUCAACAACAGGGUGGAGGACAUUCACUCCACAGUACCUAAUCCAUACAAUCUGCUCAGUACUCUGAACCCUGAGCGAAAAUGGUAUACUGUUCUGGACUCAAAAGAUGCUUUCUUUUGCUUGCCUCUGCAUAAAGAUAGUCAGUUGCUGUUUGCUUUUGAGUGGGUAGACCCAGAAACUGGAAUGUCUGGUCAACUAACUUGGACUAGACUCCCACAGGGGUUCCAAAACUCCCCCACUCUCUUUGAUGAAGCCCUCCACAAAGAUCUCAACAACUUCAGAACUACACAACCCAAAGUCACCCUGCUUCAAUAUGUGGAUGACCUGCUACUGGCAGCUAACACCAAGGAAAACUGUGAGUCUGGGACCCAAGCACUAUUAUCCGAGCUUGCUCAACUCGGGUAUAGAGCUUCUGCCAAAAAGGCCCAAAUUUGCCAGCAAGAAGUAAUCUUCCUGGGCUAUUCCCUCAGGGGCAGUAAACGAUGGCUCACUGAGCCCAGAAAACAAACUGUUGUGCAAAUACCACCCCCAUCUAACAGGAGGCAACUCAGAGAGUUUCUUGGGACUGCUGGCUUUUGCAGGUUAUGGAUACCUGGGUUUGCGUCCUUAGCUGCUCCUUUGUACCCGCUGUUAAAGGGAGAUACCCAAUUCCAAUGGACCCCUGAGCACCAGCAAGCUUUUGAUAACAUCAAGAGGGCGCUACUAUCUGCUCUGGCCUUAGCACUCUCAGAUGUAGAAAAACCCUUUACUCUCUACAUUGUUGAAAAGAAAGGAAUAGCACGAGGAGUGCUCACUCAGACUCUAGGACCCUGGAAAAGGCCUAUAGCCUACUUGUCUAAAAAGCUGGACCCAGUGGCUGGUGGAUAGCCCCAUUGCCUAAAAGCUAUAGCAGUGGCUGCCCUACUAAUCAAGGAUGCUGAUAAGUUAAUGCUGGGGCAGAAGCUAACAAUUAUAGCCCCCCAUGCCCUAGAGAGCAUCAUCCGCCAGCCACCAGACAGAUGGCUAUCAAACUCUAGGAUAACACACUAUCAGAGCCUGUUGCUUGACAAGGACAGAAUAACGCUGGGACCCCCCGCCCCGCUUAACCUGGCUACACUACUCCCUGAACAAUCAUCAGGACCCGUCACUCAUGACUGUCAACAUAUACUGGCAGAAGAAACCAGUAUACAACGGGAUUUAAAGGAUCAGCCACUGCCCCACCCUGAGGUCAUAUGGUUUACUGAUGGCAGUAGCUUCCUCCAGGACAGUAAGCAGCGAGCUGGGGCAGCAAUAGUUAGUGGAACUAAAGUCAUCUGGUCCUCUAGCCUCCCGGAGGGAACAUCAGCUCAAAAGGCAGAGAUGAUCACCCUCACGAAGGCAUUAAAGCUAGCGGCAGGCAAAAAGGCCACUAUAUACACAGAUAGCCGCUAUGCCUUCACUACCGCUCAUAUACAUGGGGCUAUCUACCAGCAAAGGGGACUAUUAACCUCGGCGGGAAAGGAAAUAAAAAACAGAGAUGAGAUCCUCCACCUCCUCUCAGCAGUGCAAAGCCCUAGAGAACUAGCUAUAGUGCACUGUCCAUGACACCAGAAAGGAAACGAUCCCAUAGCAGUCGGGAACAGGACAGAUGAAGAGGCUAAAUUGGCAGCCCUAAACAGAGUAACCAUGCUAACACUUUCCACACUGGGGGAACAUAAGUCAGGAGAUUUAACUACAUCGGAGCACCCCGACAACUUAACAUCUAAGGACACUGACACUGAACUCCUUGAUUUCACUGAGCCCAGCCUGCAAUUUCAGAAAGCCCUACACUAUGUUAAAAAUGUACAUCAACUCACUCACCUUGGUUCAAAGAAACUGCAGGCAUUCCUGAAGGAUCAAGAACAGAGUUUUCCACUAACUGACUCACAGCGAAAGGAAAUAGCUGAACUGGUAACAAAAGCCUGUCGGGUCUGUCAAUUGCUUAAUGCUUACCCUUCCAAGCUUCCUGCAGGAAAGCACCUACGAGGAACCAGACCAGGACAAUUCUGGGAAAUGGACUUUACUGAAAUUAAGCCAACAAGGUAUGGACUUAAAUAUCUCCUAAUCUUUGUAGAUAGAUUUUCAGGAUGGAUUGAAGCCUUCCCCACAAAAAAAGAAAGGGUGCAAAUGGUGGUCAAAAAGAUCCUGGAAGAUAUUUUUCCAAGAUAUGGCCUGCCUAAGGUAAUAGGGUCUGAUAAUGGACUGGCAUUCGUGCAGGUAAGUCAGGAGUUAACCAGGACCCUGGGGAUUAAUUGGAAGUUACAUUGUGCUUAUAGACCACAGAGCUCAGGACAAGUAGAAAGAAUGAAUAGAACCAUUAAAGAGACCUUAACGAAAUUAAGCUUAGAGACUGACAUAAAAGAUUGGACUAUGCUCCUGCCUUAUGCACUGUUUCAUGCAAGAAAUACUCCCUCUGUUUCUUUGUGUAACCUCACCCCCUAUGAAAUUCUCUAUGGUGCCCCUCCUCCAGUAAGGGACCUAACCCCAACUCUAAGACGUAACAAUUCCUUUCACACCCCCUUGCUUGACAGACUUAAAGUUCUUGAAAGAACCCAGCGAUACCUGUGGAAACAGCUGGCCACUGCCUACCAACCUGGGGACGAAGGGACUCCACACCGAUAUCAAGUGGGAGACUUCAUCUACAUAAGACGACAUCAGGUGUCAUCCCUGGAACCCCACUGGAAAGGACCAUACCAGGUGCUAAUUAUAACACCUACAGCGGUAAAAGUAGACGGAAUCACUUCCUGGAUCCAUGCCUCUCAUCUCAAGCCUGUGCCCUGUCCAGACUCUGGCUGGAAACUGGAAAAGACUGGUAACCCUCUCAAAUUGCAUAUUUGCCAUGUGGAUAGGGCUAUGGACUCUCCCCUUGACCACCAGUAG